CCCUCAUCAUAGCAAAGUUACUCAGCCAGGUGACAGCUGAGCCAGCAGGAACUCGCUACGGCUGCACUCUACGCAACAUAACGUACAACAUAAGGACGUCUGUCAGCACCAAAUAAUUGCGAAGGACACACAUUCAUUUUCUGUUUUUAUAUGUACGUAAUUUCAAAGCCUCUCUUACGCUCGUUGUUGCACAGUAGUUAGCUAGCAGCGCGAUAUCAUUAACGUUAGCUUCUCUGACACUACUGCCAGAGAGGACUCUACGGUUGUAUUUGUGACCGGUCACGUUUUAGACAGACAUUGUCAACAUGUCGGAUCCGGCCGGGGAGGUGAAGCUGGAAGUGAAACAGGCGAGCAAAGAGGUGAAAGAGAGCGAAAACGUAGCGGAAAAAUAUUCAGCCAUGACCGUAAGCAAGAAUAGCGAAAUGAACAUGGGAGAGCUGUCAUCCGCCUUCAGCGCUGUGCCCACUCACAAACCAGUUAAAAAGCAAAUCCAGUUUGUGGAGGACAAGCAGGAGUUCAGCAGGUUCCCCACCAAGGCAGGCCGUCGCUCCCUGUCCCGCUCCAUCUCUCAGUCAUCCACAGACAGCUACAGCUCCGCUGCGUCCUAUACGGAUAGCUCUGACGACGAGUCCUCACCGCGGGACAAAACUCAGGUCAACUCCAAAGGCAGCAGCGACUUCUGUGUGAAGAACAUCAAACAGGCUGAAUUUGGCCGACGUGAGAUUGAGAUCGCAGAACAAGAUAUGUCAGCGCUGAUCUCACUCAGGAAAAGAGCACAGAGUGAGAAACCGUUGGCAGGUGCCAAAAUUGUGGGCUGCACUCACAUCACUGCCCAGACUGCGGUCCUGAUCGAGACUCUAGUGGCUCUUGGCGCUCAGUGCCGCUGGACUGCAUGCAACAUUUACUCUACACAGAAUGAAGUGGCUGCUGCUCUGUCAGAGACUGGUGUGGCUGUGUUUGCCUGGAAAGGGGAGUCUGAGGAUGACUUCUGGUGGUGCAUUGACCGCUGUGUCAACAAUGAGGGUUGGCAGCCUAACAUGAUCCUUGAUGAUGGAGGAGACUUGACACACUGGAUGUACAAGAAAUACCCCAAUGUAUUCAAGAAGAUCAGGGGCAUUGUAGAGGAGAGUGUCACUGGGGUUCACAGGUUGUAUCAGCUGUCUAAAGCUGGGAAGCUGUGUGUACCGGCUAUGAAUGUAAAUGACUCCGUGACGAAGCAGAAGUUCGACAACCUGUACUGCUGCAGAGAGUCAAUCCUGGAUGGCUUGAAGAGAACCACAGAUGUCAUGUUUGGAGGCAAACAGAUGGUCGUUUGUGGGUACGGUGAGGUUGGAAAAGGUUGUUGUGCUGCUCUGAAAGCUCUGGGAGCCGUCGUCUCUAUUACAGAGAUUGAUCCCAUCUGUGCCCUGCAGGCCUGCAUGGAUGGAUUCAGGGUGGUUAAGCUGAAUGAGGUCAUUCGCCAGGUUGAUGUCAUCAUCACAUGCACUGGGAACAAGAAUGUGGUGACCAGAGACCAGCUGGACCGAAUGAAAAAUGGCUCUAUUGUCUGCAACAUGGGCCACUCCAAUACUGAGAUUGAUGUGGCAAGUCUUCGGACCCCUGAGCUGACCUGGGAGAGAGUGCGCUCUCAGGUGGAUCACGUCAUUUGGCCUGAUGGCAAGAGAGUCAUUCUUUUGGCUGAGGGACGUCUCCUUAACCUCAGCUGCUCUACUGUCCCUACCUUUGUCUUGUCCAUCACAGCCACCACUCAGGCACUGGCCCUUAUAGAGUUGUACAACGCUCCUGAGGGACGAUACAAGCAGGAUGUUUACUUGCUUCCCAAGAAGAUGGAUGAAUAUGUUGCGAGUCUGCAUCUGACCACUUUUGAUGCCCACCUGACAGAGCUUUCUGAUGAGCAGGCAAAAUACCUGGGCCUGAAUAAGAAUGGCCCUUUUAAACCCAACUACUACAGGUAUUAGCCUGCAGGGGAACCACACCUCAGCACACCUAAAUGUGAACGCUACCAAACAUCACCUAUUCCUAAGACAAACGAAAGAUUGAUGUACUGUAUAUAUUAUGGCUAUAUUGUAUUUUAUACUCUUCAGAGCAGGGGUGUCAAACUCAAUUUCGCUAAGGGCCACACUGGAAAACGAGAAUCUCAUCAAGGGCCAGAC